GUUGCAGCUAGAUGUUUGUUUUGGUUGCGAGGUUGAUUAGUUUAGUCGCGUUGAAAGGUCGUUAGUGUAUUCUAUCCUACGAGAAGAUGGAGGAAUUCGACGAGGAAAGGACGUGGGAGGAAGGCGAUGCCGAUUCGCCUCUGGGCGAAGACCAGGAGGCCCUCGUGGAAGGGAUUCAACAGGAGUGCAUCGAGAAGUUCAGCAGUCUGGACUUCAUCAUGGAGCCCGGCAUAUUUGCCCAGCUGAAGCGCUACUUCCAGGCGGGCGGCAACCCGGAGCAAGUUGUGGACCUGCUGCUCGAGAACUACCAGGCGGUUGCCCAGACGGCGAACCUUCUGGCCGAAUGGCUUAUCAUGGCAGGGAUGAAGAUCACCGAGGUUCAGGGCCUGGUGGAGGACCACCUGAAGCAGAUGAUCCUGAAGCACUUUGACCCCAAAAAGGCUGACUCCAUCUUCAACGACGAGGGUGAGACGCCCGCCUGGCUGACGGAAAUGAUUGAGCACCCCACCUGGCGUUCACUCAUUUACAAGCUGGCCGAGGAGUACCCCGACUGCCUCAUGCUCAACUUCACCAUCAAGCUCAUCUCGGAUGCUGGAUUCCAGGCAGAAAUUACGUCCAUCUCGACAGCCUCACAGCAGCUGGAGGUGUUCUCACGUGUGCUACGAGCUGCCACGGAUAACUUCCUCGAAGGCGGCGAGGAGCGCAUGAGCCAGAAUCUGUCCGAGCUGACGCGCAUGGUUUGCCACGGCGAGCACACCUACCUGUACAGCCAGUCCGUGCUGCACACCCUUGCACAGGAGCCCCGUGGUGGUUCAAACGUCAAGCGGCUGGCGCAAGAGAUCAGUCGGUACGCGCAGCGCACAGGGCACGACCCGACGCCCAUCACGAUGGCACUGAACGGCGCAGCGGCCUACCCGCGUGCCUGCCAGGCCCUGUCGGCGAUGCUGUCGCGCGACGCGCUGAACCCAGCCGACGUGACAGUGCUGCACAAGAUGUACCAGACGCCCGACCCGCCGCCCGUCGAGCUGCUGCGCGAGCCCCACUUCCUGGACCUGCUUCUGGACGCCCUGUUCCGGCCGGGUUCGCGGCUCAAUCCCGAGCAUCGGCCCAAGUACGUGUACCUGCUUGCGUACGCGGGCAGUGUGUACGAGACGCGUCGCAAGGGGGUGCGCAAGUCCCUGAACAGAGACGAGCUGCGUGCCACGCAGCAGGCAGUGGAGAAGGUGCACAUGCUGUGCCAGGAGCGCCGUGGUUCAUCGGAACUGGUGCCCGAGCUUGGGGCACUGUUCCAGGCGAUGCGGUAUCCUGUGGUGGCUCUUGGAGUGGUGCACUGGGUGGAACACACCGUGUCUGACCCUUCCUACUUCAAAUUGAGCACUGAGCACACGCCGCUACACCUGGCGUUGCUCGACGAGGUGGUCGUCUGCCACACUACCCUGCACCAGAAGGUGCUGGACCUUCUGGUGCGGCUCUUCGAGUCCCCACCGCACGAGGAGCUCGACGUGCUGGUUCAGCUGGAGCGGCGCAAGAUGCUCCUGGACCGAAUGGUGCACCUGCUGAGUCGCGGGUGUGUCGUGCCGGUCGUCAGCUACGUCCGGGCCUGCUGGGAGCGGCAGGACACCGACGUGUCCCUCAUUCGUUACUUCGUCACCGAGGUGCUAGACGUCAUUGCACCCCCGUACACACCCGAGUUCGUCCAGCUGUUCCUUCCCUUGGCCGAAAGCGAGGAAAUCACGGGUGGGCUGCGCGGUGCGGCCGCGACUGCAGAAAGCAGCGGCGCUUCGGGUGGUGGGGGUGGCAGUGGUGAGGGAGACGCAGUCUCCGAGUUUGUGGUGCACUGCAAGGCAAACUACAUUGUCAUGAGUUGAGCAGUGCUGUUUUUCCGUGCAGGUACCUCCCGUAUAGACCCGUGUAAGAGCCGCAUUCUUAUUUCUUUUGCAACUUGACGAGGUUCAGUGCUUACACGGAACCUGGCCAUUUGGGCAAGUAUUUCAAACUGCGAGUGUGAAAUCCACCAUAAUCCUUCGCAACUGCCCACCACAGCAAUAGGAAAGGUAGCCUUUUCAUUGUGAAUCCAAUCCUUCAUGCAUAAUGCACAAUUGGUUAUUCGUCUUAUCUAUUGUUGCCAUCGCUUCUUACGCUUGGUUCACCAGCACGUUCCUGAAAUAAGUCAUUGUUCAUGCCAUCUCAGACAUUGAAGGCACUUACAUGGGUGCAGCACCUACACGAGUCUAUACGGUACUUCCCUUUCACGAGUAACGCGAGGGCUUUUUUGCAGUGUCUCGCUCCCUGAAACGUAGCACCCAACAGGUUGUUGGAAUAACCAUUGUACAAGUACAGCUCAGAAAACCUUCCUGCCCAAAGCAAGCAAGUGCGUUUAACUUGUCAAAACCAUGUUUAUCAAGCGAGUGUACGAUCGGAAAUUGUUUUCCACGCGCUCUCCUGCAUCUUGGCGCUUGACACUACUGAUGUUUUUGGCGAGUUUCGAUGUAAUGUUUAGGACAGUGUUGCUAUGUCGGAGGGCCAACUUUGCACUUUUAAAACAGUGUGCGUUAUAUAGUUGGCAGCAGCAAGCUCUCUUCGGCGUUCCUUUCCCUUUUCUGUGAUGACUGCAACGAGGCAAGCGUUGCAGUGUUGUAAAGAGACUUCCUCUGUUAAGAAAUGGAGGCACCGUUUUUUUUUUAGUUCAGUUCUAUUUUUACCACCUUUUGAUGAGGCUUAUGUACAUGCCCUUCUUUCAGGUUUUUCAGCUGAGGUAUCUGAAAGCCCUUGCUGGUGGAGUUGUCGAUCCAUCUGAGUGAUCUCUUUUUUUACAGCAACACUGUGCAGAAAAGUUCCACUACAAUUCUCGUGCGGUUGCAUGGUUGGCAUCAAAUUCCAGCCGGAGAACAACCAACAUGACUGCCUGCAUUAGAAAAUGCAGCGUAGCGUAAAACAGUAGUGGCAUAGGCACGUGCACAGGGGGGUGGCCACCCCCUCAAUCAUCAUCUAAGGGUAUGAGCCAAGUCUGCCUCAUACCUUUACUCAGUUAGACCUGUCCCAUCGUUGAUUAAAGUGCAGGGCCAUGGCCAUGCAAGUUUUUGAUAGUAAUGGCUGCCGAGGAUUCCUGAUGUUGCGUUCUAAGAACUGUUUACUUCCUGCCUUUACCUUCAGGAAGCCAGGGCCCAAAGGCAGGCCGUUGUUAGAAGCACGUCAUCGCUUCAUUUUCACUUUUGCAUCCAUUGCCAGGCUUGUUUAAAGGGACACUAAAGAGCAAAACGAUUUUU